AUGUUUAUUGAAUCACAUAUAAAUGAAAUGUACCUUAACAGUUUUGCAUUGAAACAUUUUCGAUGUUCCCUCAUGCACUUAGAAUUAAUCCAAAUUGAAAGAGAAAAGCAAUCAGCUUCACCAUUGACUCAAUGGUCACCAUUCAUGAAGAAUUUAGCGAUCGUCUUUGACCUAAUCAAUAUUUUAACGAAUAAAAUAAAACCUUGUCAAUGGCCUGAAAUAUUUUUUGCUGAAUCAAAAGAGAUUCUUGGCGAAAGCCUUACGUUGACGAAAGAAGUGUUUGAGACAGCUCAUAGUCACUUUGAUAGGACUGCUGAUGACCAAUUAAUUAAAUUUAUGAAUCAAAAUAUUAAACUCAACGAAAAUGCAUGGUCACAUGAAUCUGCUAUCGAUUUCAUCAAAACUCUAUCAAAUGAGUCAACUCCUGAUUCGACCGCGUAUGCUUCAUUUGCUUCCUUAUGUAAUAUACCAUCAGUGUGUAUACAAACGCGUGUGAAAUUUUUCUAUUUAUUCAACAAUUUUCUCGCAAAGAUCUUACCAAGGAUAGAUUUUAGCGUACCACCAGGCAUUAGUUUUAUUGCAGAUCGAAUUCGUUCUAUACGGCAUUGUAUAUUAUUUGCAGUAAAAUUUGAAAUAUUCAGUGCAGCUUUAGAAAAAACUGCGAAUGAUUCAGACACAUCCGAUGUCAAUUUUGACAUUGUCAAAGCUAGCGUAGCUGAAAAGCCUGAAAAUACAAUGUUCUAUCAGGCAUAUAUACAAUUGCAAUCAACUGCGUCUUGGAUAUUUCGACGGUCGCCUAAUGAACGAGCCUGGAAGGCAACGUACGUUGGUAUGUUUAGUAACGAUCAAGGCGGACCCUAUCGAGAUUCAAUAACACGCAUUUGUGCUGAUAUAUGUAGUACACGAUUACCAUUAUUUAUUCUUUGUCCAAAUGGACGAGUAAAUAUCGGUUCGAAUCGUGAUCGAUGGAUUCCAAAUGUUUUCCCGCCGAACCGAUCCAUACCAACUGAUAUCAAAAAUCAAUAUCGUUUUGUUGGACAACUCAUGGGCAUGGCAAUAUAUACGAAACAAUACUUAGAUGUUCGAUUUCCAAUUUUACUAUGGAAACAAUUGCUACACGAAGAAGUAACGAUUGAAGAUAUUGAAGCUAUUGACAUUUCAAGUUUUGCAAUUAUCAAUAAAAUGGAAGAAAAUAUUCGAAAAGUAAAAACUCUCAAUACUUGUAAUGAUGGUGAUGUAAAUAACAAUGGCGACUAUUUAUUUAGUAGUAUUAUGACUGAACUCACAUUUGAUGUUGUCAGUUCGACAGGACAAACUUAUGAACUUAUCCCAGGUGGUUUUCGUAUACCAAUAAAUACUGCAAAUUUCGAAGAUUACUGUAUGCAUUAUCGUCAAUAUCGUAUUAAUGAAUUUCAUCGACAAAUUGAAUUCAUUCGUCAAGGUUUAUAUAGUGUCGUACCAUGGGCUAAUAUGACUUUAUUUACAGCUCAUGAAUUAGAAGAAGCUGUUUGUGGCAAAGGUUAUAUUGAUAUUGAAAUGCUAAAACGUCAUACACGUUAUAAAAACGAUAGUGCAUCUUCGCAACGUAUUCAGCAAUUUUGGUCAGUUUUUAGUGAAAUGUUUUCUGAAGAACAGAGAAAACUAUUUUUAAUAUUUGUUUGGGGACGAAGUACGGUGCCGUAUAGAGAUGAAGAUUUUUCGACAAAGUUCACUAUAUCAAAUCUCCAAACAAGUGGCGAUGUUGAUAAACUUCUUCCUAAAUCGUACACAUGUACCUUCACUCUUCACUUGCCUGCAUAUUCAACUAAAGAGAUUAUGUAUGAACGUUUAAAUUAUGCGAUUACUUAUUGCUCUAGUAUCGAUACCGAUGGACGUAUGAACUAG